AUGACCGAAGGCCAAUCAACACCUCAGCAGGGUCCGCCCGCCCAAGCUCCCCUCAAGUCGCAGAAAAUCACGGACAUUAUUGACACAUUCCGCCCAUCCAAGGGCUUCCACCCGUGUAAAAAAGACCCGUCCAAAUAUGUGACUUCUUUGGACUUUGACGACCAGGGCGACGUUCUAAUUGGCGCCGGCAACGAUGACAGUAUGCAUGUUUAUGACGUGAAAGAAGGCAAAUUCAACAAAUCCGUAGCCAGCAAGAAAUACGGUGUUCACCUUGCGAGAUUCACCCAUCACUCUCGCCAGGUUCUCCAUGCGAGUACCAAGAUUGAUAAUAACCUGCGGUUACUGGACCUCCACAAUGAGGGAUACAUACGAUAUUUCACCGGCAAUAACGACCAAGUCACUUGCCUAGCUCAAUCCCCUGCAAGCGACGCCUUCAUGUCCUGCUCCAAGGAUGAUACUGUGACAUUGUGGGACCUGAAUUCGAGGAAUGCGCAGGGCAAGCUUAACCUUGCGACCCCAUACCUUGCUACCUUUGAUCCGUCAGGUACAGUGAUUGCAAUCGCGUCUCAAUCAACAGCUGCAGUGCUUCUCUAUGACUUCCGCAACUUUGACAAAUCGCCCUUCUCCACCUUCGACCUAGCGCCAUACGAGGAGAGAUUCACACCGUCGACGCGGGGACGAGCAUGGACUCGAUUGGAGUUCUCCAACGAUGGAAAAUAUUUGAUGGUUGGAACAGACUAUCAUGGCCACUUUGUUCUAGAUGCCUUUGAUGGUACACUCAAGGCCUUCCUGGCCGGCAAGAGUGGGGCGUCUGGUCGUGCUGCUCCAGUGUCCACGACUGGGAAGCCUCUCGGACAAGGCGACGCUUGUUUCUCCCCCGAUGGUAGAUAUGUUAUUGGAGGCAAUGGGGAGCAGCACGGUAUGCUCGUGUGGGACUUGGGACAGGUUGGCGGGGGGGGACCUUACACUACAGCCUUCAACCAGGUUGUCUGCUCCGAGCUGCGCGGCCAUGGUGGAGUACAACCCGCGUUACAACAUGAUCGCUAG